AUGCACUCCGGCGCAUAUCGCGUCCGCCCCCACCCUGAUUCUCCUCCUCCCCUCGCCGCCGACCGUUUGCCUCCUCCUCUGCGGCUCCUGGCACGGGCGCCGACGCGGCGGAGAAGAAGCGGGACAAGGCGUAGCUCAUGCUGCGGGAGCGCGGGCGAUUCAACCCGGCGCCCUACUUCGUCGAGAGGUCAUCUCCGGCUUCAACAAGACAUGGGUCUGUUUUCUGCUGCCGAGACGUCAGCGAUGCGGAGCCUGCACAAGCGCAACACCCGACGGAUCUGGAACCUCGCCAGGAAGAAGAAGCAGGAAAACUGUUUCGUUUUGGGGCCCGGUGCGGUGCGGUGCGCGGGGUGCCACCAGCACCCGCCCGCCACCGUCGCCACCACCAAGGCGCGGGAGAAGCCUAAGGGCGCGCGCAAGCUGCGCGCCGCCGACGUCGCGCUCAACCACCGCCUCGUCUCCUGGCGCGUCGGCGGUGGCACCGAGGACGGCCCGGCCGCCACGGGCGAGUACAACUACAGGGGCGCCUCCACGUCCGCCGUGCUCGCCCACCUCGCCGGCGGCAACAACUGGCACGCCGAGGACAAGGAGGAGGACGACGCCGAUCUCGUAGCCGCCGCCCUGAGGGGGAUCUCUGACCUGUACGACCUCAUUGUCAGCCUCCAGGCCGCGCGGGGCGGACAAGAAGAUGACGCACACGGCACGGCGACAGCGGCGGACACCGACGAAAUCGAGGAGCACGAUGCUGAAAUUACCGACGAUGUCGACGAGGACGAGGAGGAGGAGGACGACGGGAUUUGCGUGGUGCGGGGCAUCACAAGCGCGCUCGAGUUCUCCGACGGGGAGGAGGACUGGAUCGUGGUCUGAUCCGAACUCAUCUCAUUCAUUUGCAAAUAAGACGGCGUGCAACAGAGCGGUGCGGGAUCG